AUGUGGCGAAUGAAUUAUAAACUUUUAUUUAUAUUAUGCAUAUUUGUAUUUGUCAUCACUUUUUCUUUGUGGAGCAGCUGUGGAAAUAUUCCUAUAGCAGAUUUGUACUCACGUCCCAACUCGGAUGAUAAUUCUGUAUCAUAUCAACUGAGAGGAAUUGAGUGCCAUAUCAACAAUAAUGAAGUGAUCGAUUGCAGAAAAGAUAAAGAUGAAGUGUUCAUACCAUUUUCUUUUAUAAAAAAAUAUUUUGAGAUCAAUGGAAAACUAUCCCUAGUAGACGGCGUUCAGCAAUUCGAUUGGUCUCACAGCUUUAGUAAAAUCUACAUCCCUAAAGGCAAAUAUGACCCCAGAGGAAUUUUCAUGCAUUUCGAAAAUUACAACGUCGAAAUACGAGACCGCGUAAAAUGCAUCUCUGCUAUAGACGGAGUCCCCAUUUCCACGCAAUGGCAAAGCCAAGGAUACUAUUAUCCCACUCAAAUAGCUCAAUUCGGCUUAUCUCAUUACAGCAAGAACCUGACUGAGCCCCAACAAAGAAAGACUAUUGUAGAAAAUGCAAAUACAAUCCGAGCUGAUUGGGUUAUACCCCCACAUUCCAAAUUAGAAAUAGAUUUAGAUGACAGAAAUAAUAGAAAUAAGAUAUUAAAAUUUUACUGUGAUGAUAUAGUUGAUAAUGGAAUAGUACUUAAAAUGGAUCAUGUAUUGGAUUUAGUUAUGGGAGUCGAUAUACUUCUGAGGAAUAAUGGCAGCUUGAAAAUUGUUCUUCAGAAUCGGGAGAAUAAAGAUAAUUAUACGCUUAUUUAUGUGGCUAGUGACAUCCUGAUAUCAGCCCAGGAUGAUGUAAUAUAUCACGGUAUCGGCCAAGCCAAUACUUGGAAACAUUUAACUAGAGACUUAGUUGUAGAUUUACAAAAAGGACUUGCUUUAUUAUAUCAAGAUAAAUCUAGGAAAAAAUUAUCAAAGACCAAAAUUAAGAUAACUUCAAUCAGUCUGCUGGGAGAUGGCCAAUUAGAUAAUUUAACAUUAGCUUCGAGUGAACAUAUCACUCAGUUUUAUGCAGCUGCCGAAUGGUUCAUUAAUAACCAGGAUGCUUCUGGUGGAUGGCCCAAUGCGGUCAAACGUAGAGUUGCAUCUGGAUUUGAGGAGCUACAGAACGGAUGGUAUUCGGCCAUGGGGCAAGGACAUGCAAUUUCAGUUCUUGCAAGAGCCUAUUAUCAUUCUAAUGGCGAUAAGCGAUACCUGAAUGCAGCCCUGGCUGGAUUGAGACCUUUUAGAGUUCCCUCUUAUCAAGGAGGAGUACUUGCCACAUUCUUAGGAAAAUAUAUAUGGUUCGAAGAAUACCCUACUUCGCCUCCCUCAUUUGUACUGAACGGUUUCAUCUACUCUCUUCUCGGUUUAUACGAUCUCAAGACUCUAGCACCCCGAGGUGAAGCUAAGGAAGCCACUCUUCUAUUCAACGAAGGUAUGUUGAGUUUAAAAAAUAUGCUUUUGCUGUAUGAUCUGGGAUCGGGCACCAGCUACGAUUUAAGACAUUUUACAUUGAAAGUUGCUCCUAAUGUUGCUCGAUGGGACUACCAUGCGACACAUGUAAAUCAGUUGUUGUUAUUGAGCACUAUUGAUGCGGAUCCACUUUUGGCAACCACUGCCGAAAGAUGGAUGGGGUAUAUGAGUGGGAAAAGAGCGGCUCAUAAUUGAUAAUUGUAAUAAAGGUCUUAUUUUUUGUCAUGCGUUACACUCUCAAAUGCAUAUUAUAUUAGGUUGUCAAAUAUC